AUGGUCGAGCUCAGCACCAAAGUCAUCAGAACGCUCAACAAGACCACGCCGGGCAUCCAGAUAUGGCGAAUCGAGAAAAUGGAGAUGGUGCCAGUGCCCACCAAAAGCUAUGGCAACUUCUACGAGGGGGAUUGCUACGUCCUGCUGUCGACACGCAAGACUGGGAACGGCUUCAGCUAUGACAUGGGUGUCCAGGACGAGCAGGGGGCAGCUGCCAUCUACACCACCCAGAUGGAUGACUGCCUGGGCACAGUGGCCGUGCAGCACCGUGAGGCCCAGGGCCACGAGAGCGAGACCUUCCGUGCCUACUUCAAGCAGGGACUCAUCUAUAAGAAGGGUGGUGUGGAGUCGGGCAUGAAGCACGUGGAGACGAACACCUACAAAGUCCAGCGCCUGCUGCAUGUCAAGGGCAAGAAGAACGUGGUGGCAACAGAGGUGAGUUUUGCGAUGUGGAGGUGAGCUGUGGAGGUAUUCCUGUUGGAUCUGGGCCAGCUCAUCGUCCAGUGGAACGGCCCCGAGAGCAACCGAAAUGAGAGGCUGAAGGCGAUGACCCUGGCCAAGGACAUCCGGGACCGGGAGCGCGGGGGCCGUGCCAAGGUGGGCGUGGUGGACGGUGAGGAUGAGGGCGCUUCGCCGGGGCUCAUGCAGGUCCUCACCCAUGUGCUGGGCGAGAAGAGGGACAUUAAGGCAGCCACCCCUGAUGACAAAGUGGACCAGAAGCUCAAUUCUGCCCUCAAGCUCUACCACGUCUCCAAUGCCAGUGGGAACCUGAUCAUACAGGAAGUAGCGAUUCGACCCCUGACUCAAGACAUGCUCCAGCAUGAGGACUGCUACAUCCUUGAUCAAGGAGGUCUCAAGAUAUUUGUGUGGAAGGGCAAGAAUGCCAACAAGGAGGAGAAGCAGCAGGCGAUGAGCAGGGCACUGGGCUUCAUCAAAGCCAAGAACUAUCCAGCCAGCACCAGUGUGGAGACAGAGAAUGAUGGGUCUGAGUCGAGUAUCUUCAGGCAGCUCUUCCAAAAAUGGACCGUCCCCAACCAGACCAGUGGGCUAGGCAAGACUCACACUGUCGGCAAAGUGGCCAAGGUGGAGCAGGUGAAGUUUGACGCCACCACGUUGCACGCCAAGCCCCAGAUGGCCGCCCAGCAGAAGAUGGUGGAUGACGGAUCCGGAGAGGUGGAGGUCUGGCGUGUGGAGAAGGGGGAGCUUGUGCCUGUGGAGAAGAGGUGGUUGGGCCAUUUCUAUGGCGGCGACUGCUACCUGGUGCUCUACACCUAUUUUGUGGGGCCCAAGGUGAACCGCAUCAUCUACAUCUGGCAGGGCCGACAAGCCAGCACAGACGAGCUGGCCGCCUCUGCCUACCAAGCUGUCAUCCUGGACCGGAAGUACAACGACGAGCCUGUGCAGGUCCGCGUCACCAUGGGCAAGGAGCCGGCCCACCUGAUGGCCAUCUUCAAGGGCAAGAUGGUGGUGUACGCGGGUGGCACCUCACGGGCAGGUGGCGAGGAGCCCGCACCCUCCACCCGCCUCUUCCACGUGCAUGGCACCAAUGAGUACAACACUAAGGCCAUCGAGGUGCCCGUCCGUGCCUCCUCCCUCAACUCCAACGAUGUCUUUGUGCUCAAGACCCCCAGCUGUUGCUACCUCUGGUAUGGGAAGGGCUGCAGUGGGGAUGAGCGUGAGAUGGGCAAGAUGGUAGCUGACAUCAUCUCCAAGUCAGAGAAGCCAGUGGUUGCAGAGGGACAGGAGCCUCCUGAGUUCUGGCUGGCCCUGGGGGGCAAGUCUCAGUAUGCCAACAGCAAGAGGCUACAGGAGGAGAACCCCUCCGUGUCUCCCCGACUCUUUGAGUGCUCCAACAAGACAGGCACCUUCUUGGCCACAGAGAUUGCAGACUUCACCCAAGAUGACCUGGAGGAGGAUGACGUGUACCUGCUGGACACCUGGGACCAGAUUUUCUUCUGGAUCGGGAAAGGCGCCAACGAGUCGGAGAAGGAGGCUGCGGCGGUGAUGGUGCAGGAGUACCUGCGGAACCACCCCAGCGGGCGCGACCUCGACACCCCCAUCAUCGUGGUGAAGCAGGGCCACGAGCCCCCCACCUUCACCGGCUGGUUCCUGGCCUGGGACCCUCUCAACUGGGCCGUGAAGCCAGCUUGGUGCCUUCAUCCCAGGGCAGCUCCCGACGUGACCCUUUUCCAUGCCCCAAUCCAGGUGCUCACAUCCACAGAAGAGGUCUUCACUGCCACCACCCCACUCCUCCCUGACAAACUGGAGAUCUUCCCCCUGGACGUGCUCGUGAACACCUCGGCUGAAGACCUGCCACGGGGCGUGGAUCCCAGCAGGAAGGAGAACCCAGGGGCGAUGAACAAGCUGCCCACCCCCCAGGCCCUCCCGAGAAACCAGGGCUUUCUCAUCCCACCAGGGAAGCUGCAGCUCAGGGCUAAAGGUCUGGUGUACAACUGGAGCCGCUCCCUCUCUUAUCAUGUGAGCCUCAAUAAACACCUCCUGUACCAAAGGAAAGACAAGAAGCCACAGGCCAAGGAGAUGGUGUGUGUGGGGAGAGCACUGCUGAGGCUGGACACCAGGGAGAUCUUGUCCUUGCCCUGGAAGGGGAGGAGGGCAUCUCCCUCUUCCUAA